CAGCGACUUCCGUCUUUAGUUUUGCUUUUCUGAAAGGUGCCUUACACUGACUGGCCACUGGGGAUCCGAAUUCAAAAGAGGGCAUAAAUGAAAUCCGUCCUGCAGUUUACCGCGCUACUCUGAAACUCCAGUCCCUACAGAAAUUAUGCAACAUGAAUGCAGUCAUGCUGCAGGACCUCCACCCUGUUCUCCGUGCUGUGGGGGAUCCUGGAGAUCCAGCGAUACGUCUGUCUCUGGGGGCCCUGAGGCAGAGCCUGGAGCAGCUCUUCCCACAGGAGCUGCCUGGUCAGCAGACAUGUGAGGCCUCUGAGCAGACUGCCAGACUUCUCUUCAAACUGUACGACAGGGAGGAGACUGGCUUUGUCCUUCUCAGAUCUGUGGAAGCUGCACUGGUGGUCCUGUCAGGAGACUCCCUUACAGCCAAACAUGGAGCUCUCUUCCAGUUGGCAGCCAGCAGUAGCAGGGGGCUAGGCCUAGAGGACGUCUCUGUCAGCCGUGCUGGCCUCAGGGUCAUGCUGUAUGAUCUCAGCCAGGUCCCUGCUGCCGUACAGGAGAGCCAUGUGUUUGGUGAAGUGGAGACAGCAGUCCACUCCUGCUUUAAUGGCGUGCCCAGUGCAAGUGUAGGAGAGGAGCACCUGGUCAGGUGGCUGCAGGAGGAGCCACGUCUGCUACUGUGGCUCUCCACCCUCUACCGGCUCUCCAUCAGCAAGGACGUGCAGCACCAAGUCCGCUGCUCCGCCUGUAAGGGCUUCCCCAUCACAGGCCUCAGGUAUCGCUGCCUGAAAUGUGUAAACCUGCACCUGUGCCAAACCUGCUUCCUCACCGAGAGGCGUACCAGGAAGCACAAACCCUCCCAUCCAGUGCUGGAAUACUGCACGCAGCCUUCAUGGAAAGAGUCAAUGAUGUCACUGGCAUCCAGUGCACGCCACACUCUCCUGCCCCGCCGCUACACCACAAGACAGCUGGAGACGAGUACAGCCCUUAAUGGCUACCCUCGGCACAGUGCACCUGUUCCACUGUGUAACGUUGCUCCUGGAGGCGUGGAUGCUCUUCAUCCUCAUCCUGCUCUUCCUCCUCCACAGAUGAAAGGGGAGUCCAAAGCCCUGCAAAAAGAUGAGCCUGACAUAAAACCUCAGUGUCCCCCCAGUGCACCUGCUCCACUGUGUGACGUUGCUCCUAGAGGCAUGGACACUCUUCAUCCUCAUCCUCCUCUUCCUCCUCCACAGAUGAAAGGGGAGUCCAAAGCUCUGCAAACAAACGAGCCUGACCCACAACCUCAGAUGAAAGGGAAGUCCAAAGCUCUGCAAACAGACGAGCCUGACACACAACCUCAGAGAAAAAUGUCGCUUCUCCAAACAGACCUAAGCAUCACACAGAAAGCCAUGAGGGACUUGGAGAGAGAUAAAUGGCUCCUCGAGAGAGAGUUUCAGGUGUGGAGGGCAACAGCCCAAUCGAAGCAUGACUCUCUGGAGGACAGGUGCACAGAUCUGGAGUCCACCAUGGAGGUGCUGGUCCAACAGAGCCAACAGCUGGAGGAUGAGCUGGGAAGAGUCCGACAUGCAUUGAGUGUGAUGGUAAGGGAAGAGUCUGGCAGAGAUAUCCAGGAGUCUGGCAGAGAUAUCCAGGAGUCUAGCAGAGAUAUCCAGCAACCCAUCCAUAUGGCUACUCCACAGCAGGACAAUGGCAACAACGGGAGUGAGAGACAGUCAACGUCUAAGAGUCUGGACUCCAAGGGCAGUUCUCUCUCCAGUUCACCCUUCAGUUCUUCAGAGAUGGAAGAGGACAAGAGAGAAGAGAGGAAGAGGGAGACGGAGGAAGAGGAUGAUGAGGCUCUUCAUUUGGUGCAAGAGGGCAGUGACAUGGAUGUAGUUAUGGAUGAGUUUGUGACAAAUUUGCAAGAGGAGGUCCUGCUUGUUGAAGAUUCUAAAGAGGUGGGCCUAGAGGAAGAGGAGGGGCCGGGGCUUGACAGACAGGUGUGUAUCACAGAAGAUUCACGCUUGGAGGGCUUUAUCCAGGAGGACAAUUUUGGACCAGAUAGCUCUGAUGAGGAGAAAGAGCAGGAGCUCCGUGACCUGACACAGCGCCUCAAGGGGGCGCUACUUCUAUCCACACCUACAGGGUAUGGUUCUUCUCAGAAAGAGGCCCUGUUACAGGCAGCCAGAGGAGUUGGAGAUUCAGUAUUUCACAUGGUUACUUCUCUCAGAUCCUUCACCGGGUCAUCAUAGUACCCCAGUCAGAGUGCCCACGGUGGCAAAUUCCACAUUCUCACUUCACCUUCCUACACCACUCAGCCCCGCCCUGUUCACAACAGACCCAGAGCCAAGCUCCUUCUUUCAGACAGCACAAUAUGGACCAUCUGGAGCUGGCCAGCAAACCGAUCACCUCCCACAGGAGUGUGGAAGCGUGUCAAUAGCAGGGAGGCUUGGUGCGGCAGGUGGGUGAGUUCACCUGGCAACAGGACGCAGCAUGUGCUGGAGACACGGAGCUACAGAACAGAACUCAGACAGGUCCAAACGUAUGAUCCUGCCCCAAGAAAGGAACAAACCCCCCC